AUGGAAACAGCAGUGAUCGGAGUGGUGGCCGUGCUGUUUGUGGUCACCGUAGCCAUCACCUGCAUCCUGUGCUGCUUCAGCUGUGACUCAAGGACCCAGGAUCCUCAGGGGGGGCCCGGCCACAGCUUUACAGUGGCCACGUUUUGCCAGGAGGCUUCUUUCUUCACGGGGCCAGGUCACCAUGCCCAACCAGUGGUGGGUGCCCGGGACUUCUGGACCUUCAUGUGA